AUGGCGGGCAACAAUCGAAUGUCAACAUAUUCCAUGACCUCUUCUGCUACAGGAGCCGCUCGACACUUUCACGCUGCGGGUCAACAAUCAUCUCAAGUAACAGCAACGACACUGUUAAACGCCGUUCACCACAUUUACACAUCUGGCCAACCAUAUCGAUUGGAUGCUAGCAGUAGCUUAGUUGUAAACACUUGGUUAUCUGCUUCACUACCUGAUCGUGAAGGGAGAGCGGGAGGUGUAAUAGAUUCAGCCUUGGCCGCACGAGCUUGGGAACAUGCUAGAAGACGUGCGGAAGAUGGUUGUAUCGUUUUAGGUUCUCUUCACGAGUCUACUCCUUCCAUUUUGGCUCCUUUCCUCAACACGCUCCCUCUGACCAUUCCCGACUCAUUAUAUACCGCCCUUGAGGUGUUACGACCAUUUAUUCACUGUGUCUCUCCUCAAAACCCAGCUACACCUCGUCAAUCUGCUCUUGGUGUGACCUUGACUCUUUCCCUUGCUGGAAAUCUUACCGCUGCGUCGAUAGCAUUAUCCGAGGGUGGAAUUGAUACCAAAAAGGGGCUUUUAAACCUUCCAUCCGAACCAGGAUAUCGAGCUUUCGACGUCUUCUACUACCUCCUCACAUCUGCGUCGACUCCUGCCGAACGAGAAUUCUUGAGCUUAAAACAAGCUUCUAGUUACGCGCUUCUGGAAAAGUCUGGUACAUACGACCCUCCAUCGUACCUUCCCACCGCGGAUGACGCUGCUGCUGCAGACGACUUCAGAGCAUCAUUAAAAGCUAUUGGCAUCAAGGGUGCCGCACACAGAGAUCUCAUCUCAAUAUUAGCAGGAUUAUUGAAGCUAGGUGAUACCUUGAGCUUUGUUCUUGAUGGAGAUGCGUUGGAGGAAAUUUGUGAAGAUGUCGGGGGUCUGCUUGGUUUGGAGCCCGAGGUUCUCGUCAAGCAAUGCUCAACACAAGAGCGAGAAACUUUGAUUGGUGGUCUCUAUGAAGCCCUUGUAGACUGGGUCAUCUUGAAGGCCAAUGAAGCCAUUGCUAGUGAGAUGACCAGAAUCAAGGAUGGUGAUUCUUCCAGCGAAGGGGGACCAGGAGCUCGAACCCCAAAUACCGAAGACGACAAUGGUGACACUGUUUGCAUAACUGUUCUUGAGAUUCCAGAUCCAAAUCUUGGGAAAGCAGCUGCAAUGCGAGGUGUCUUUGACGAUACUCAGGGUAUCAAUGCCGAAAUGAAAGAAGAUGGUGUUGAUGUGGUUUCUGCUGGUUCAACUGUUAUCCGAGAGAUGCAAAAUGCUGUCUCGGAAGUUGCUCCAGAUCUUGGUAUCAUGACUGGACCUUCUGGGAGAGAUCGUGAACACGAGCUCGAGAAGCGUGAGAUCGUAUUGGAGAAGGUUGCCCGUGAGGGGGAAGAUGAUGGUUUCCUCAAGAAGCUUCUGCUCCCAAUCGAGGGUCAAGGUAUUAAUCUAGGCCGCAACGGUCGUAUUGAUCUCCCUUCCGUUCUUGGUAGCAGUCGUGUCUGGUAUCACUUAUCUAUGCAUCCUACCGACGAUUCACCUGCAGCGCUAGCUUCGCUUCCUUCAACAACUUCGGCUUGGUCAGCGGGUGCCGUCUCACGCCAGCUUCGCGCAUGGCGCUUGCCAGAAUGGGCAAAUCGACGAAACAAGAACUUGGAUUUCACAGCCGAUUUCGAUUUCGAAGAAUUCGUCCAACGAUAUGCCCCCCUUGGUUGUAAGGAUGGGCGUGAUGGUAUUGAAAGCUGGGUCAUGGAACGUGGUUGGAGCAAUGGUGAAGUUGUCAUCGGCAAAGAGCGAAUAUGGAUCCGCGAGAGCGCUUGGUGGGAAGCUGAGACCAUGCUUGACCUAAAGCCAGCCGAAGGGGAGUUCCAAAGUAUGGGCGGGCCCGGAGGUAUGGCAGGCAUGCUGGGAGCCCACGACAUGAAUACAGGAUACUCCUCCAACCCACCAAGUGGAAGCGGUUUCUUUGCUGGUCCUAAUAAUGAUCUGACUCCUCUGGGAAGUCACGAUAAUAUCAUGAAUCGUCAAAGUCAAGCCAACGUAGCUCGGAGUAACCUCGGAGCUCCCACUAUCACACCAUCGAGGAAUGUCAGUGGUGGUGACUAUGGACUCGGCUUCAAGGGAGAUGAUAUGAGGGGGCAGGUUUACUACACCGAUGAGAAUGGAGAAAUGGUGGAUGACCCCGAAGGUGGCACCGCGAAAGCUGUUGUUAAUGAAAAGGCAACAAACCAGCGUCGUAUCUGGGUCGCCACUACCUGGGCUCUUACAUGGUGGAUUCCUUCGUUCCUCCUCUCAUUUAUCGGUCGGAUGAAACGACCAGAUGUACGCAUGGCUUGGAGAGAAAAGCUAGUGUUGUGUUUCUUUAUCCUCUUCCUCAAUUGCUUGGUUGUUUUCUGGAUUAUUGAAUUUGGCAAACUCCUCUGUCCAAAUUCUGAUAAAGCAUGGAAUGCGAAAGAAGUCGCCACUCAUCAAGGAGAUAACGAUUUUUGGGUCAGCAUUCAUGGAAAAGUAUAUGAUCUUUCCAAGUUCUGGAAGUUGCAGCAUAGUGAUACCUCUGUCACGACAACCUCCGAUGUCAUGCAACCCUUUGCUGGUUUGAACUUGGACAGCUACUUCCCGCCACCAUUGAUUGUUGCAUGCCCUGGCCUUGUGACCGACUACACCUUGGUACUACUGGACAACACUACUGCUGAAUAUCCUGCCGGAGUCCAUACAUCUGGCAAUCGCUCAGCGUAUACAACCAGUAAGCUUUAUGACUGGAAUUGGUAUGCGGACGUGUACACACCUGCAAUCAAAGAGUAUUACCAUGGUGAUCUAGUGGUGAAGAACAGUGCGAUCAAUAGUGAAGGCCAAAACGAUCAGCAUUAUUGGGUCAUUCUAAAGGGCAAGAUCUACGACUUCACCAAUUAUUACUACACAUUAAGUCUCUAUACGAAUGUGGCCGGCUAUGAUUUCAUUGAUGAUUCCAUCUAUCAAAUGGUACUCAGAAACCCGGGCCUAGAUAUCACGAGCACAUGGGAUGAUAAUUACAAAAACGCCAAUUCAUCUUAUCAAGUGAGUAUCCUCAACAACUUGAAUUGCAUGAACAAUCUGUUCUAUGCAGGCAUUCCCGAUUUUCGAGAUUCCAUUAAAUGUCAGAUCAACAACUACAUUCUUCUUGCCUUCACAAUUGUGUUGUGUAGUGUCAUUGUCAUCAAGUUCGUCUCUGCACUUCAAUUUGGUUCGAAGCGACGUCCAACUCCUCAAGACAAGUUUGUCAUUUGCCAAGUUCCAGCAUAUACCGAAGGUGAAGACUCAUUGCGUAAAGCUUUGGAUUCUUUGACAGCUUUACAAUACGAUAAUAAAAGGAAGCUCAUCUGUGUCGUUUGUGAUGGUAUGGUUGUAGGAGGUGGUAAUGAUCGCCCCACACCAAAGAUCAUCCUCGAUAUUCUUGGUGUAGAUCCCAAGAUCGACCCUCCCGCCUUGCCGUUUAAAUCCGUCGGAGAUGGCAACGAGCAACUCAACUAUGGUAAGGUAUACUCGGGUCUAUAUGAAUUUGAAGGAAAUGUGGUCCCAUAUAUUGUAGUGGUCAAGGUUGGCAAGGAAUCCGAGCAAUCCAAGUCAAAGCCCGGUAACCGUGGAAAACGUGACACUCAAAUUCUUCUCAUGAGCUUCCUCAAUCGCGUCCAUCACAGAGCACCCAUGAACCCAUUGGAGCUGGAAAUGUUCCAUCAAAUCAACAACAUUAUUGGAGUGGAUCCAGAGCUUUACGAAUAUCUACUUAUGAUUGAUGCCGAUACCAGUGUAAGGGAAGACUCGCUGAAUCGUCUCGUGGCUGCCUGUUCCAAUGAUGGUAAAAUCGCUGGUAUUUGUGGUGAAACCAAUCUCGAAAACGAGGAACGUUCUUGGUGGACUAUGAUUCAAGUUUACGAAUAUUUCAUCUCGCAUCAUUUGGCAAAGGCCUUCGAAUCUCUAUUCGGAAGUGUCACUUGUUUACCUGGUUGUUUCACUAUGUAUCGUCUACGUACCGCUGAUAAAGGCAAACCAUUGAUCAUCGCUGAUGCCAUCAUCAACGAGUACAGUGAGUGUGUGGUUGAUACUUUACACAAGAAGAAUCUUCUGUCUCUUGGAGAGGAUCGGUUCUUAACCACAUUGAUGACCAAACACUUCCCAUAUAUGAAGUACAAGUUUAUUCCCGAUGCAUACGCCAGUACUUCCGCGCCCGAAACCUGGAGUGUUCUUCUAUCUCAGAGAAGACGUUGGAUCAAUUCUACCAUCCAUAAUCUAGCUGAGUUGGUCUGGCUUCCUGAACUGUGUGGAUUCUGUUGUUUCAGCAUGAGAUUCGUUGUCUUCAUCGAUCUCUUCGGUACAAUUAUUCUUCCUGCUACUACAGUCUAUCUAGGAUAUUUGUUGUACAAAGUCGGAACGCAUCAAGGUCAAUUUCCCCUCAUUUCGAUUUGUAUGAUUGCUGGUACAUAUGGUUUACAAGCUUUGAUAUUUAUUCUCAAACGCCAAUGGCAACACGUUGGAUGGAUGAUUAUUUAUAUCCUUGCGUUCCCAAUUUACUCAUUCGUUCUACCAAUCUACUCAUUCUGGAACCAAGACAACUUCUCGUGGGGUAACACACGUAUUGUCCUGGGAGAAAAGGGACUUGCGAAGGUUGUGGCCGUGGAUGGCGAAACAUUUGACCCAAGAAGCAUUCCUCUUCAACGAUGGGAUGAUUACGCUUUACACAACAACCUUCCAGGCCGUCGCGGAGUAGCAGUUGAAAAGGCAUAUGAUACAUUCGAUGAUCAAUACGAAAUGGAUGACAUGAAAUCCAUGUACUCAUCUGUCAAGCCAGCCUCCACUAUUUUGACCGGUUUCCCUGGUCGCGGUCCAUACAUGCCUCCUCAAUCUACUUACUCCGCAAACCAAUACACCGAUCACCCUCUCCGCAAUCAAUCUGCAAUGUCUCUUCGCCAACAAGAUCGUUCCGCCUCGCCAUAUCAAGACUAUCCUGGCAACAACCGUCCUUCGAUGCAAAUGAUGUCUUCUGACAAUCUUCUCGGUGGUGGUCAAGGACGACAUCAAUCACGUUCGUCGCUUGGCUUCACAGGUGGUGCCCGCUCACCAUUAGCGGGAGCUGCGAUUGAUAGACCUGCCAGUGGAUUUGAUUUCCAAAGAGGUACUGCCGGUCCAGAUGAUUUGCAGAUUGUAGAGGCCAUUCAAAAUUGUUUGAGGGAGGUAGAUCUAGAUAAUGUUACGAAGAAACAGGUUAGAGCUUUGGUAGAACAGAGGUUGCAGACGGAGUUGGUCGGUGAGAGGAGGACGUUUUUGGACAGGAGUAUUGAUUCUGAAUUAGCUGCUAUGUAG